AUGGCUGAAGUUUUAUCAUUAAUACCUUCAUCUCCAAAACUUGAUCAAAUCAAUCAUGAAUCAUUAGUUCAUUUCACCUUAUUUAAGGAUUUAUUACUGUAUCUCUUUAAAAAGGGUAAUAGUGAAACCGAUUCAAAUCAUCCUAUUGUUAUAAUAUUAGCCAAUAUUAAAUCAAACGAUGAUGAAGAUACUUUACUGUCUUUACAAACCUUAUCGGAUCAUCAUAAACAAUUAUUAUUGAAAUAUUUCUUUAAUCAUUUAAAUAUCAUUAUUAUCUUUGAAUCAGAUUUAACUCCAUCAACUAUCACUCAUUUAAAUGAUCUUAUCCAUAAUAUCAAAUUAAUCAUAACCAAUCGUAUUUCAAGAAUCCAAACUUGGACAGGAACAGGGAAUAUUGAAUUAGUAGGUGAUAAUUAUAUUGAAGAAAAACAAGAAAUCAAUGGCAUAAUCUCUACUAUGUCAUUAAUCUUGACCAAUAAUAUUAAUAAAUCAUUCGUAACUAGUGAAUUAAUCAUUAAAUUGAAUCAUUUAAUCAUGAAAGAAAUCAAUUUUAAAAACUUAUUAAUCAAUAAUGAUCCUCAACAUUUAAUUAAAUUAUCUGAAUCAGUUCGUAAUUGGUCAUUCCCAGCUCAUGAAUUAUCCAAUGAUGAUUUGAUUUAUUGUGUUUUCAUCAUGCUUAAAUAUGCUUUAAUUCAAGUGGGAAAGAAUCAUAGUCAAAGUUCAUUAUAUAUUUUAAAUAAUAAUGAAUUAUUGGGAUUUGUAUUUAUGGUUAGAGAUACUUAUAAAAAUGGUAAUCCAUUUCAUAAUUUCCGUCAUGCCGUUGAUGUUUUACAAGCUUGUUUUCACUUUUUAAUUAGAUUAGAUUGUUUACCUCAAUUUUCUUCUCAAACUUAUCAAGAUGAAUUAAUUCCCAUCAUACCCAAGAAUCCCACCUCCACAAGUACUGUCAGUUCCAAUGAUAAAGAACCUUCACCAUUACAUUCUCCUAAUCAUCUUAAUCAUUUACAAACUCUUGGAUUGUUGAUUGCUGCCUUAGGUCAUGAUGUUGGACAUCCAGGGGUUACUAAUGCAUUUAUGAUUAAAAGUUUAGCUCCAACAUCAUUAUUAUAUAAUGAAAGAUCAGUAUUAGAAUCAUUCCAUUCAUCCGUGUUUAUAAAUAAGAUUCUUAGUAUUAAUUGGCCAUCAUUAUUGAAUGUAUUUACGGAAUCUGAAAAACAAGAAUUAACCUUGAGAGAGAUUAUCAUUUCAAGUAUAUUGGCUACUGAUAUGGCAGAACAUUUUGAAUAUAUUGAAAGAUUAAAGAAUUUAAAAUAUAAUGAUUUCAUCAAACAUAAUAAUCGAGUGAAAUUGAUUUGUUCAUUAUUAAUCAAAUGUGCAGAUAUUUCAAAUGUGACUCGUCCGUUAAGAGUUUCAUCCCAAUGGGCCAUGGUAUUAGCAAGAGAAUUCGAUGAAGUGAAUAUCUUGGAAAAGAAAAUUCAUCAUGAUGAAAGUUUAAACCUUGAUCUUUCUCAGGAUUUAACCUAUACCAAAGUUCCCAUUGAUUUACAAGAUAUUUUAGUACAAAAUCCUCAAUUACAUAAAGGUCAAAUCUUUUUUAUAAAUACGUUUGCGGAGAAUUUAUUUAAUAAUAUUUCGGAAUUAUUACCUGAAUUGAAAUAUACUUGUGAUAUAAUUAAAGAGAAUAAAGAGUUUUGGUUAAAUAGAAAUACAUAG